AUGAGUGAUACAUCUGCAAGAUCAUUGCAAAAAGCAAUUUAUUCUUUACUUGAGAAUCACUCGCUAUGUUUAUCGAAAUUACGCAGACAAGGUUACGAUGGAACUAGUAAUAUGCAAGGAGAAAAAAAUGGCGUAAAGUCUUUGACUUUGCAAGAUGCUCCAUCUGCAUAUUGUAUUCACUGUUUUGCUCAUCAAUUGCAAUUGGCACUUGUCGCUCUAUCUAGAAAACACUCGGAUGUGAAAAAUUUCUUUUAUGUUGUCACUAAUGUAUUGACUACUAUUGGAACAUCUUUUAAGCGCAGGGAAUUACUUCGACAACACCAAGUGGAGAAGUUGGAAGAAUUGCUUAAAGCCGGAGAAAUUUUUACUAGGCAAGGAUUGAAUCAAGAACGUGGUCUCCAACGACCGGGUGAUAAGAAAGAAGAUUCUCCACUCAAGCUUGAUAGACUUGCAGCUGGAAAUCUUUUGGAUAACAUUCAGGAAUUUGAAUUUGUCUUUAUUUUGCAUUUGAUGUUCAAGGUGUUGCUUUUUAAAAAUGAAUUGAACAGAGCUUUACAAAAGAAAGAUCAAGAUAUCGUCAAUGCUAUGGAGUUGCUUAACCUUGCAAAGAUAAGAUUGCAAAAAAUGAGAGAAAGUGAUUUGGAGUCUUUGAUGGAUGACGUUUAUUCAUUUUGUGGAAAACAUGAAAUUUUGAUUCCCAAAAUGGAUGAUAACUAUCCAAGAUCGAAGCGUAAGAGGUCCCGAGUUUCAUAUUUACAUCACUUUCAUGUGGAAGUAUUUUAUGCAAUUAUUGAUUUGCAACUUCAGGAGCUCAAUAAUCGUUUUGAUGUUGUGACUAGUGACUUGCUCCUUGGUAUGGCUAGUUUUAAUCCCGUUGAUUCAUUUGCUAAUUUUGACAAGAAUAGGAUAUUGAAGUUGGCCGGGUAUUACAAAAGUGAGUUUGGUGAUAACCAACUUCGAGAUCUCAGUUACCAGCUUGAUAGUUUCAUUGUCUAUGCUCGACAGCGUGAUAGCAAGUUUCUCAACUUGAAGGGGAUUAAGGAUCUUGCUAUUUUGAUGGCAAAAACAAAAUUGGAUCAAACUUGGUCUCUUGUUUAUUUACUUGUGAAGCUGACAUUGAUUUUACCUGUCGCUACUACAAGUGUGGAAAGAGCAUUUUCCUCAAUGAUGCUCAUAAAAAAUGACCUAUGCAAUCGCAUUGGUGAAGAAUUUCUAAAUGAUUGUUUAGUUUGUAAGAUAGAGCGUAAGGUAUUUGCAACUAUAAGCAAUGAUGCAAUUAUGGAUCGUUUUCAAAGGAUGAAGUCUCGUCGAGUACAAUUGUAA